AUGGCUUCAGAUAAACCCACUUCACUGCUCCACCCCGACCAAAACGCGUCGCUCGCUUCUCCUCCUUCCCAUGAUACCUGCUACUCCGAAUCUCGUCUCGUUCAGUCUCGUCAACGCGAUAUGGAUACCCAUGAGAAGGAUGACCUCGGCCCGGGUCCCUCGAACGACGCCUUCGGGCAGUUCUCGUUCGCCCCGACGACUCGCACCACAGUAGUCACCACCACAACAACUACGACCACCUCAUUCCCUCCUCUGGUCAUCAGGCCCCCGCGGGCUGUCAAGGACCUCGAUGCCCGACAGUAUCCCCUCGCCGCGUCACCCACACCCGCGUCUCUGAGGAAUCUCCGGUUUAAGGUUGGUGACAAAUCCAUCAUUUUCAAUGAACCCGAGGAUGCUGCCACGGCAGGAAUCGAGUUCAAGGAACGGAAUGAUGCCCUCGAGUCCUCCAAUGGACUAAUUCGCUCCGUGAACUCUUUCUCUUCCGAAGACGAUGGCUCUGCUCGACGACUCGCUCCUCCUAGAUCAGUGAUUCGACUAGGUUUGCCGAAUCUUCAAAACCGCCCCGUCUCCCCUGUUUCCAACCCCGACCCUCGCCCAUCUAUUCUCCCUCGUACCCGUGCGUCCCGUGCACCAGCGGAGCCUGUGGCUCGGCGGACUCGUCACGGAGCUUCAACAACAACACAGCUUUCACCCGCCGGUCUUGUCACUCCGGAAACAGAGCAUAAUGUCGGCAGUAUCGGGGAAAGUGCUGCCUCGAGGCCGAGGAUGCACAGCGCGAAUUUCCCGCGCAGGGAAACCCUUCUGCGCUCACCUCUUUCAGCUGAAGUUGGCUCUGGGGCUAUGCGAAAUAUUACACUUCCCGAGAACCGGGAGUUACAAAGUCAGAGUGCUGACUCCAAUGAGGUCCCCGGAUCCGACCUGGCCUCCACUCAAAGCACAUCAUUUGCCUCAACUGAACCUACAUCGCAGCCAAGGCCUGACCUGACUUCUCAGCUUUCCGCAAUCGAUAAUGCUAUGGCCCAGGAUAUGUGCUUACCAAGCCCUAGUCUGUCCCCAGUUGCUGCUAUGAAUGCUCUUCAUGGCGAGUCUUCUUUUGAAUCAGAAGGGCCUGACGUGGACACCGAUUCCAGCCUUGACCACAAUAUAUCACGCCACUCCCGGGCAAUGCGACUUCAUGAUGGAGAGUCCUCCCGGACAAAGAGUCUUGCCUCUCGAUCAGCUCCCUCGCUCAUGGAUAUGCCCAAGGUGCUGGAGUUCUUUGACUCCGUCCCUGAAGAAUUGAAGACCUAUCUGAUGUAUCAGUUUUUGCGGCGAUGCCCCAAACCGACUUUGCAUUUCGUAGCCGACGUUGUUAACCCGACUUUGAAAUGCGAUUUCCUGGCCUUGCUUCCGCUUGAACUCAGCUUGAACAUUGUCAAGUAUUUGGACGUUCAAACAAUGUGCCGUGCGGCUCAAGUUUCGAAAAAAUGGCGGCACAUCAUCAGCUCGGACGAGAAGAGCUGGAAAGAGCUUCUUGACCUCGACGGUCACCUUCUUUCCGAGGGUGAGCUAGAACGGGCUAUUCGGGAAGGAUGGGGCUGGCAGUGCAGCAGUGUGGACGAUUUCGAAAGAGAUCUCAGCUUACCUUGGUCUAGAGGAGACAAUGAGGCACCUCCACUACCAUCCUCUUCUGCUGCCAACGACAGAUCCCCAUUGACAGCUCUGGGCUCUCGACGCCCGAAGCGGAAAGCAAACACGCGUGCUUCCAGUCGGAAACUCGCAAAACGCAAGAUUUCUUCCAGCGGAAGUGGUGUGGACUACCAUGAGCCAGAUUGGAAGAGAGAUAUUGCCGCAUCAGAAGCACCGUAUGCCGCCGCUAACGCUGCAGCUGCAGCUGUUCCCUAUGCCGAAGUCGGUCUGCCUUCUCUCCGCGGAAUGUACCUCUACAAGUCCCUAUAUCGCCGGCACCAUGCCAUUCGCCGAGGAUGGAUGAAGCCUGAAGUUAAGCCUCAGCAUAUUGCUUUCCGUGCUCAUGACCGUCAUGUUGUUACCUGUCUGCAGUUCGAUACUGAAAAGAUUCUUACUGGAAGUGACGACACCAACAUUAAUGUAUAUGAAACGAAGACUGGCGCUUUGAAGGCUACUCUGGAAGGCCACGAAGGUGGUGUCUGGGCGCUCGAAUAUUACGGGAAUACUCUUGUUUCUGGAUCAACUGAUCGCUCUGUGCGUGUCUGGGAUAUCGAACGAGCUCGGUGCACUCAGGUGUUUCAUGGCCACACUUCCACCGUGCGCUGUUUGCAGAUCGUCCUACCAACUGAAAUUGGACGGGAUGCAAAUGGUCGGCCCGAGAUCAUGCCGAAGCAACCCAUGAUUAUCACUGGCUCUCGGGAUUCUAACUUGCGGGUCUGGAAACUUCCCAAGCCAGGAGAUCCCGUCUACUAUCCGACCGGGCCUCUUGCCGAUGAUACAGACUGUCCAUACUUUGUCAGGGUGCUAACUGGCCACACACAUUCCGUUCGCGCAAUCGCAGCUCAUGGCGACACCCUUGUGAGCGGGAGUUAUGAUUGUACCGUGCGAGUGUGGAAGGUCUCAACUGGACAAAUUCUGCACACUCUGCAAGGCCAUUCCUUGAAGGUGUACAGUGUCGUCUUGGAUCCCAAACGCAAUCGCUGCAUCAGCGGUGCUAUGGACCACAUGGUCAAGGUUUGGUCGCUUGAUGAUGGGUCUCUUCUUUAUAACCUCGAAGGUCACACCUCUCUCGUCGGUCUACUUGCCCUGCAAAAUGAUUUCCUGGUCUCCGCUGCCGCAGAUUCUACCCUUCGCAUCUGGGAUCCCGAACACGGUCACUGCAAAAACAUGCUCAGCGCCCACACUGGUGCCAUCACCUGUUUCCAGCACGACGGUCAAAAGGUCAUCUCUGGAUCGGACCGCACCCUAAAGAUGUGGGAUGUUAGCACCGGCGCUUGCGUUCGCGACCUUCUUACCGACCUCAGCGGGGUGUGGCAAGUCAAGUUCAAUGACCGACGCUGUGUCGCUGCCGUGCAGCGUGAUAGCUUGACCUACAUCGAGGUCCUCGACUUCGGAGCCGCUCGUGAUGGUGUCCCCGAAAAUAAACUCGGCAAGCGAGUCGCAGUCAACCGUCGCGGACGGGAGAUUUCCAGCGGCAGUGUGGAUUCCGACUCCGAUUCUGAUUAA